CCGCGCAUCAGCUCUGUUUGCACGUGUAUUCGCGUAACGCGUACCUCGCGAAGUGUUCGACAAAAACCUGUGCAGUGAUAUGGUUUUGUGUUUGAUCUGGAUUCGUUGUUUGUGACAUUGACGACGGAGUGUGGAGGCAAAUUUCGUGCUGUGAUGCGCCGCGAGCGCCUCCACUCGACUUAUGCAUGCCGCCCGCGCACCCGGUGUGGUUGUGAUGUCAUGGUGGUGGACAGUGGCGCUUAUCGCGGUGUUGCCGGUCCGCGCCGCGCCCAGAGCGGCAUCCGGUGAGCUAUUUUACAGUUAUCAAAUGACACGCAAGUCAUGCACGGCGGGCGGGGCGCGAGGUGCUUGCAUGUGGGUGCAGGAGUGCAAUCGAGUUGGGGGGAGACAUGCAGGUGUAUGUGUGGACGGAUUUAUGUUCGGGUCCUGCUGCAGGCUACCCGACAAACCUAUUAUUAUAGAAGAAACCCAAAGCCCAGUAACAAUAACGGAACGGCCGUAUACAGCGCCACCUACCGAUACAACGCAGACAACGCCAAGACCUACAACACAAACACAGCGCCCUUCGUUCAUGACCAAACCUAUAGAUGGCGCGCCACACAGCUAUAGGCCUCCAGAAAUCAACUUGCCAGUCGGCAAUCUAGAAUCAAUUAGCGAACAAAAUAGUGAUAUAGUUAAUAAAAUAACAUAUAACAGUGUAAAUAAGUACCAAAAUGUAAAUAGGCCGAACAAUGAUGUGGAAGCUAGUCCCCACAAUAAAAUAUCUUCUAGUCUUAGUUUAAUACCUGGAGCUCGACCGAUGGCGGUGUCUGAUCAAAAUCUAGACAACAGUAUUCCUGCAGUCCACAUGUCCAGACCGAACAACGUGAACACAAUGCACUGGCAAGCGACCACUGAACCCAGCUUCAUAACGAAACCACGACCUAACUGGGAGAAACCGGGAAAACCGAAACCGACCAAGAAGUUCACAACCACAACGAGUAAACCUCACAAGAAUUACCAGAAACCGAAAGAUCCGAUGCUGAAUAUGAUCAACAAAACUGAAGAUACCACAUCACCUUCUAUACAGACUACUGCUGCUACUACAAGUGUUGAGUGCGGCGUAACAGCGAUGUGGCCUCGCCCAGACUCUCGUAUAAUGGGUGGCAAAGACUCUUCCUUUGGGCGUUGGCCGUGGCAAGUCUCAGUUAGACGGAACUCGUUUUUCGGUUUUUCUUCAACACAUCGAUGUGGUGGCGCCAUCAUCAACGAAGGAUGGAUAGCAACGGCCGGACACUGCGUUGACGACCUCCUCACAUCAGCUAUUCGAAUCCGCGUGGGAGAGUUCGACUUUUCGUCCGUUUCCGAACAAUAUCCCUACGUAGAAAGGGGCGUGGCACGAAAAGCAGUUCAUCCCAAAUACAAUUUCUUCACUUAUGAGUACGACUUGGCUCUGGUGAAGCUCGAUGCAUCUGUGCAGUUUGCACCUCACAUUUCGCCCAUAUGCUUGCCGGCGUCUGAUGAUUUGCUGGUGGGAGAAACUGCUACCGUCACUGGAUGGGGGAGAUUAUCUGAAGGUGGAGUGCUGCCAUCUAUAUUACAAGAGGUCCAAGUACCAAUAGUAUCGAACGAGCGUUGCAAGUCAAUGUUCCUGCGCGCGGGCAGGCAUGAGUUCAUUCCUGAUAUAUUCCUCUGUGCCGGCCACGAGACAGGGGGACAUGACUCAUGCCAGGGGGAUUCUGGAGGACCCCUACAGGUGAAAGGAAAGGACCAUAGAUACUUCUUAGCUGGCAUCAUCAGUUGGGGAAUCGGAUGUGGGGAAGCGAAUCUACCUGGUGUUUGCACAAGGAUAUCCAAGUUCGUACCGUGGAUACUGCAAACGGUUAACUCGUAAGAUAUUUUUUGGGAAUUAUAUAACAUUGACAGGAAGCUAUUCUAGCAGAAUUAUUUGUGAUAAAUUUAUUUAUUGACCGUAAGCUUUUAAAGCAGAAUUGAAGUAAAACUUUUUUGAUGUAUUUUAUAUCCGUAUUUCGCUGACCAAGACUGAAGAGCACUCAACGCGUCAAGUUAAGAACGUCUUAUUAAGAAGAUUUAUUUGAAUUAAUUUUUGGGAAAAAUUGUUUUUUUGUUCCUUGAACAACCAAUUUUUGAGAGGUGUUCUAAUGUCGGCCGUAUUUAGUAGUGAUUGCAACAUACGUUUGUAUAAUGUCACGAACAAUAAAAAUGGAAUAUAGGAGUUUCAUAAAAAAAGUCUGAAUACAUAGUUUUAACUUAUCUGCUUAUGUGUAACAGAAAUUAACUGAACUAGUACAGUAUUUCCCCCUAUAACGCGUUUUCGUAUAACGCGAUUACCGUCUCCAUUCAACGGGGUAUUCUCCCCUAUA